AUACUUAGUUGAAGUUUUUUUAGAGUUAGACUUAUGGCUUUAGCCUAUUUUUUUGCUAUGUUCUUUAUGUUUCAUGUUGUUAUAUUCAAUUUAGUUGAAGUUGAGAGUAAAUUAUCUUGUCCAAAAGAGUUCAAUUGUGGAAGACUUGGUAGCAUGAGUUAUCCUUUUUCAGAAUUCAAUAAACCAUAUUGUGGAUUAUCAAAGAUUGAUUGUAACAACACUUUUCAUUAUCCAAAAGUUGAGAUUGAAGGUGUGACAUACAAUGCUUACAAGAAGUGGCUAUGGGUUGAUGGUAUCGAUCUUUCGGACUCGAUUCUUGAAGGUUAUUUAGCUACUAGAAGUUGUAAAUCCUUUGAAAGGAACUUAUCUUUUCCUAAUACACCUUCUGUUUCAUUUGGUGUAUUCAACAAUAUCACUUUGUUCAAAUGUAUGAAUGGUAGUACUAAUGAGGAGAUAGGUGGUUAUUUUCGACGUUAUGAGAAGUACUUGAAUUGUGAUGGAUUUAACUUGUACUAUCAUAAACCAAGAACAGAUCAUAGAAACUAUAGUAUUCCAGUUGAUGAGAAUGAUCUUCCUGCAAACUGCUCGAUUAUUCGAUUGCCUUUGAAGUAUAUUCCAACUUCAGUACCAGUUCCAUCUGAUUUGUUUGAGUUGUUGAGUUCUAAUUUCACAUUGGAUUGGGAAGUGUCUAAAGAUUGUUCUAAGUGUUUUUAUAGAGAAGGACAAUGCCAAAGUGACAGCAAAAAUAACUUCUUUUGCUCCAAAGCAGCAAAAAAGAAUUUGGGAUUGAUUCUAGGCUCAGUGCUUGGUGGAAUUUUUAUUAUAGCAAUCAGCAUAGUGAUCAAUAUAAUCUGCUGUUGCAAGAAGAGUCAUAGAAGUUUUACUAAUGUUCUUCCAAGAAGCAUCCCUUCAGAGCCCUCAACACAAAGCUACGAAUUAGACAGCGGGUUCUUUGGGGUUCCCGUCUUCUCUUAUGCUGAACUUCAACAAGCUACCAUGAAUUUCGAUUCAUCCAGAGAACUCGGGGAUGGAGGAUAUGGAACAGUGUACUAUGGGAAACUUCAGGAUGGAAGAGAAGUUGCAGUAAAACGCCUCUACGACCACAAUGCUAGGAGAAAGGAGCAGUUUGUAACUGAGAUUGAAAUUCUAACAAGGUUAAGGCACAAAAAUCUUGUCACUCUUUAUGGUUGCACGUCUAAACUCAGCGAUCAACUCUUACUUGUUUAUGAGUAUGUCCCAAAUGGAACGAUUGCUGAUCACUUACAUGGUCAUAAGGUGAAGGAUGGUUCACUCACGUGGCCUAUCCGAAUGAAAAUUGCUAUUGAAGCUGCCACUGCUCUAGCAUAUCUGCAUGCUUCUGAUAUAAUCCACCGCGAUGUGAAGAGUAACAACAUACUACUUGAUCAAAACUUCUGUGUCAAAGUUGGAGAUUUUGGACUUUCAAGACUUCAUCCAACUGAUAUUUCUCACAUAUCAACUGCACCUCAAGGUACCCCUGGCUACGUCGAUCCAAAGUACCACGAAUGUUACCAGCUUACUGAUAAAAGUGAUGUUUAUAGCUUUGGGGUAGUCCUUGUUGAGCUGUUAUCAUCCAUGCCUGCAGUAGACUUCAGUAGACGUAACGAAGAGAUCAACUUAUCUAACUAUGCAAUAAACAGGAUUUUAAGGUGUGCAUUCAAUGAACUGAUAGACCCGUCCCUCGGUUUUCAGUCUGAUGCAGAAGUUAGGAGGAUGACUACUUCAGUAGCCGAGAUAUCGUUUAGAUGCUUGCAACAUGACAAGGACAUGAGACCUACUAUGGUUGAAGUACUAGAAACAUUGCAAGAAAUUCAGCAUGGUGAGUUUACACAUGAGAAGAAAAUCGAUUGUGACGGAAACACGAAAGAGAGUGUACAAGUCCCUCUUUCACCUGAAUCAGAAGUAGAUGUAUUAUUGAAGAAACUCAACAAGUUUCCAACUUCACCAAUUUCAGUAACUCAAGUGUGGAUUAGUGACUCUAGCACAAGUACCACUUAGUACAUAAUAUUCAUCUUCUUU